UCCGGGUGCCUCCUUCGGAGGUGGGGGUGACCCGGGUGCGCUUUAAAAGCGGAGCUUCCCCAUCGCCGAGCACUUAAGGAAGUGGCUUGCGCGCCCGGCAGCCCCGGGCGGACACCCUGCCCCGGCCAUGCGGUGCGACGGGCCCUGGGGCGUGCUGGCAGCUGUCGCCAAAGGGCUCCUCAUCCUCUGGGCAGUGCCGGGCCAGGGGGGCAGGUCCCCGCUGGCCCCCACCGUUCAGCAGACCCAGGCGCUGGUGAGGCUCAUGGCCGAGGACGCGCAGGAGCUCUUCACCUUCUACGAGAGGGAGCAGCACCUGGCCAUCGACAACAUCUGCCGCACCAACAAUAGCCCCGAGUGGCUGCAGAGGCCGGCGAAGGGGCCCUGGGGGCUGCGGAGGCUGCGGAGGCCCAUGAGCCACAUGGACCAGGCGCUGCAGGACAUCAUCGCGUUCCAGCGCAACCUCCACCACCCCGAGGCCGAGAUCCUUCGCCGCUUGAGCAGGACCCACCGUAAGGUGCGAGCGCUCCUCAACAACCUGGCGGGGCUGUUCCCGGCCCCCAACCCCCGCCCCGGCCGCCGGCCCCUCCCCAGCCCCGCGGCAUCCCUCGGCAUCUUCCGACAGAAGCUGCAGGGGUGCCAGAUCCUCUGGAGCUACGCCCGCUUCAUGGCCGAGCGCAGCGCCGAGCUGAGCGCCGGGAGCCGCCGGACGCGCCGGGAGAACGGGAGAUGGCAGCGGGGCCCGCGGCUGCCUGCGCGCCCCUAGGGCAGCCCCUAGGGCAGCGGAGAUCCCUCUGCAUCUCCGUCAUCAUCUCCAUCAUCUCCGUCAUCUCCAUCAUCUCCAUCUCCAUCCCAUGUGACGCCGUGCCCAGGAUGGAGAUGCACCGAUGGCACCUCGGAGCCGCUCUCACCUCACCGGAGCGAGGGCUCGGAUGCGCUGACAGCAUCUCCAGCCGCUCCGGCCCCUCGUGGGGACCCUGCUGUCCCCGUGCCACCCCUCGGCUGCAGGACAGCCCUGGCUGGCUCUCCCACAUCCUGCCCCGCUUCCCCGCGGACCCGGGUGGCCCCAGUGGAGCCGGGUGUCCCCCGGGUGGGUGCCCGGCUGUUCCCUGUCCCCGAGCCCUGCCGGAUUUUCCAGUGAUUCAAUGGGUCGGGUGACACAGCCUGACUAAGAGCUGCUCGCCCGGCACCCGGCACAGGGGCCCACGGAGGGCGCUGCUGCCACCGGCGACUGUCACCGGUGUUGUCACCCCUGCCUUGCCCCGCUCGAGCUCUGCUCCCGGAGAGCAGCUGGGAGUGGAAUCCUGUGUCCCUGCACAGUCUGUGCUCCUCUGUGUCCCUUUGCACAUCCCUGUCCUCAUCCCUGUGCUGGGU